AUGGAAAAAUUACCUAAGGACUUUGUAACGACGGUUACAACAUCUUCACUAGAGGUCGCAGAAAAAUUAUUAUCAAUGACCACUCUACUGGAUAAAACCGAGAUUGAAGUCGUGCUACACCCCACAUUGAAUUUUGUUCAGGGUGUUGUUUACCAACCUGACUGUAUCGAUUUUAAGGAGGAGGACAUUCUGAAUGAAAUCGAAUCAGACGGUGUAACGGCUGUGCGUAGAAUUAUGAAACGCGACGAAAAGAAGAAUCUUAAAAACACACCACUACUUGUUUUGACUCUCUGCUCCACGGUUUUACCAGAAUACGUUUGUUUUGGUCUGCUACGCGUCCCAGUUCGCCCUUAUUAUCCAUCUCCAAUGAUCUGUCGAGGCUGUGGAUCUUAUGGGCAUACUCAUAAGAGAUGUGACAGCACGAUUUGCCCUGUUUGCUUCCGAGAUCACCCGACUACCGAAGGACAAAUCUGCAGCAACAACAAGUAUUGCAAACAUUGCAAUCAGGAAGGUCACUCUCCGACGAGUCGUGACUGUCCCUCCUUCCAGAAGGAAGAAGCAGUGAUCCGCCUGAAGGUCAACAAACGAAUCACGUUUCAGGAAGCUCGAGCCGAAAUGAACCAAACCUGGAACAAGCCAACAUACUCAAGUCAAGUUCAACAACAUCACGCAAGUCAAUGA